AUGACAAUCACUGAUAGGCUCCAAUACUUUCAAAAGCUCGAAGCUACUUCCCCCGCCAAGGACAGUUCUCCAUCAUCAGCCACUCCAACUAGUGCUACUACUGCCACUACUAGUGCUGCUACCAACAAUGCCACCGAUGAAUUCGUCUCGUUGAAGGAGCGUCUUCGUCGCUAUGAAGCAUCAUCCUCAGCUGCUUCCAUUGUCCCCACUCCAAAACCCACAACAACUACUACUAGUCGUGCCAUCGAACGACCAUUUGAACGUGCAAACAAUGUCGCCGCUUCCGUACCAAAGACCACGGCCGCUGCUGCUGCUCGUCCAACCGCUACUGCUCGUGCUCCUAUCGUAAACAGUGUUGCUCGCCAUGAUGACUCGGCCCACAUUCGAUCUGGAAGUGCUGCUGCUGCUGGCACAGUCAAUGCGUACACAUCUAGUGUAUCUUCCAGUGGUGGAAACGUUAGUAGCUCAGCUGCCCCAGUCAAGCCUCUUGCUGCUUCAAAAGCCUCUUCAGGCUCACAAGGAAAUCUAGCGUCUGGUGGGAAGAAAUGUGAACUUUGUGCCAAGACUGUCUACUUUAUGGAAGAAAUCUCUCUAGACAACAAGUACUUCCACAAGACUUGUUUAAAGUGUACUCAUUGUCACUCUACUUUGCGUUUGGGAAAUCUUGCUGCCAUGAAUGGAAACUACUACUGCAAGCCUCACUUCAAGGAACUUUUCCGUCUCAAGGGAAACUACUCUGAAGGUUUCGGUGCUGAAGACCCAAAGAAAGCUUGGAUUUCCCGAAACACUGAAGAAGCUACUCGUCCUACUCCUGCAGCCACUGUUGCUGCUGGACGAGCCUCGAUCAGCAGCGCCUCCAACUCGUCUCCCACUACUACCAUCAACUCUAUUACAUCUCCUCGUGCUGCUGAAUCGGACUCCUCAAACACUUCCCUUAAGGACAGACUACAAAAAUACAACGAAAUGGCAAACACCACUGCUGAAACACCAGCUACCGCUAGUCGACGUUCAGUCGGUGCUCGUGAAUCUAUUUCUACACCUUCUGCUUACGUUGCUCCACGUAAAUCAAUCGCUACUACUUCUGGAUACGUCCGUAACUCGGUAGCUGCUCGUAAAUCCGUCUCCCAUGAACAACCCAUUACCGUUGGAUCAGUCAGAGCUUCAGUCGCUGCUAGAGAGGGUACUCCAAUCCGGGAAUCCACUACUGUAAACGUACGGGCAUCUGUAGCUGCACGUGAAUCUAUGUCUACUCGAGCUUCAGUCAGUGAACGUCCCCACAAUACUACUACCAGGACAUCAGUCAGUGAAAGAAUUAGCACCAUCAACAACAACAAUAGCAACGAAUUGGCCCAUCAUCAAAGUGAAUUCAGAAGGGAAUCUUCUACUCAGACUGCUCUUGAACGUGAGGAAGCCCGUCUUACUCGUCACGUCUCAUUAAACAAGGGUGUUAACCGUGGUCGUAACUCAGUCGCAGGAUCCUCUCCAGCUGUGCGAGUAGAAGAAACAAUUGUGGAACCUCGAUCAUCUGUUGCUGCAGCAAUCAACGACGCCGAAACUGUUGGAGCUCGAUCGGAAGCCAGCACUCUAUUCCGCGAAGAUGUCGCAGAACAAGUCGUAGCUGAACAAGCAGAACAACAAGAAGAACAACAGCAACAAGAAGUAGAGGAACAACAACAACAACAAGUAGAAGAAGAACAACUAUAA